AUGGGAUUGAGGCUCGACCCGAUCUUGAUGUUUCUUAUCUGCGGGCCCGUACUUUAUUCAGAUGGCGCCCGCAGCGGGAACGACACAAGCUGGGCCGGCGCAUCACUGCUUGUGAAGCCGGGCCAGGUGGUUGAAUCGCACAGGCGUCGGGCGGUGGUGGUUUGGACGGUGUCGGUCGCCGCCAUCUUAUCAUAUUGCGGCUGGCUGUUCUACAAGGCAGCGGAGAAGGCGAAGGCACCCGACACGUCUUUCCUAUUGACGAACGAAGUAUACAAGUUCCCCGACCUCUGGAUUUGCCUGUACGUGAAUUACGGCUGCGACGAGUUGGAACUCGAGGAGAAGUGCGUGAAUUCUGCGUGGACGACCGAGGGAGGCGUACCGAACGCGGUGUUCUACCCCAGGGUCCAACUGGACCAGGAACAAGAAAUCACGACGGAGCAACUACAAAUCGAAGCUAUCCCUGAAAACACCGACGUUGACAGCGAGGGGAACUCCUUGGAGGAUGGGAGAGGCAAGUGCGUGAUUUUCAGGACGUCGGCUGCGACUGCCUUCGUUGGACAAGAACGGGACCCUCACGAGUUCCUGGACUACAUCCUUUUGGAUAUGUACUGGAACCCAGGCGGCACUUCUGGCAAGUCUACGACGUGCGUCCCUGACGGGGUAGAGUGGACGGACCAUAGGGAGUGGGUUUAUGGCUUCCUGAGCGACCCCGACGACCCCUCAGCGAUUUCAACUGGAGUACACCUGUCCUACAGCUGUAUCACGAAUACCUCCAACACCCACACCUUCAACACCAUGGGCAUUGGGCUCACCCAGCAGAAGAAGUUUAUGGACGACGACAAAUCGUCGUACAAGGCGCUGUUUACGAAUUUCGGGGUGCACAAGAACGUGGUGAACCCAAACAUCACAACGCCAUACGCGCAUCUGUCUCUGGAGAUGAAGCAGCAGUUCGACUCUUGGGAGAUCAUCACAGAGUCCAACCCGUACGAGUUCGCCGAGAUGUUUGGAAAUAUUGGCGGAUUUUGGGAUCUUCUUCUCAUACUGUGGCCCUUGUGCUUCGUCGCGGCCGCUCAACAAGAUCCCCACCUCAAGCCUCGCAGCUUCAAGAAAUCAGUCGUGAGGGGGGCCGAACGCGCUGCGAGCGUUUCCAAAGCGAUCGCGCGUGCGGCGCCCAUCAACCCCUCCAUUACAAAGAGCGCUGCUUCCGCAGUAGAUGGCUUCGAAGACGAGGAAGAAGCACCGGCGUGGGAUCGACGACCCGCGCCACAACAACAGCCCCCCCAGUCAGCCACCACCUGGCAGGACGCGCGCCGCUCCUGACCUCGUCUCCAUACUGUAGGAAGGCGAAUUUUUCACGUUGGUGCCGAACACACCCCACGACACGUGAAGGGAUACGCGUCAGGACAUCGAAAGCGGGGGAGCCAUGAACGUGGAGGCGAAUAGCCCUUGCUGGAAAGGGCAAAACGCGUUGUCCCUGGGCGGUGGUAUCAGGAGUAGCGGAGAAGGAAGCAUAUAAAGCUUGGUUGUGCUCGAAGUUGUAAGUUGAAGGCGUUCUCAACAACUCCGUGCCAGAGUGGCAAUAGCGCUGAUUGCAGAUUCGUGGCGUCUUCUUCACGUAUCAACGAUGCCUGAACAGCUGCUUCUUGGCUGAUUCGUUCUUGUGUCCUCCGUACUUUGUGUUUCCACCGUAAACGGUUUGGGCGUGUUUUGCGCUGGUGUUCCUUCGUGUGAUUUUCUGUUUGUUUGCGUCGGUACGACAGAUCCCACAGCCACCUCUAGAGCGUUUUUAAUAGUUUUUUUUUGUGAAAAGUGUGGCCCGUUGGGGGUACGCUUUUUGUUUUGUUUUGCAAAAAAAAAGCUGUUUAGAGGGAUCGUGUGUGCAGUAUGUGCGCACGAGAAAAAGAAUAUUUUUCAUGCACAGGGGCGUGAAAAUUACGCCAUGGCUGUCUGUCUGGUGUCUGUCUGUCUGGUGUCUGUCUGUCUG